GCGAUUGAAUGUUAUAGACCUGGAUUUCACCAACUGCGAAUCGAAAGUUCGAACCCAAACCCCCAUUCCGCCCCGACAAAACCAUAAGAACCUCUCCCGCAGCAUGCCCAAAUAAUUGGUCGACGGCAGAUCGCCUACGGGUUGCGCUCAACAGAUGGCAGCGCAAUAACUAAGGUAGUUGGUAUUUAGUACUAUUUGUUGGACAGGAAACAGAGGGCGAUCAGCUGUCACCCGUCGUCCGCCGCCAUGGCUGAGAGAACCGUGUCCGAGGACACACCCCUCCUGUCCUCCGGUCCGUCAUCCGGACCCGCCCGCCCAACGAGGCCCCCUCGGAACGUCACCUUCAAUCCGAACCCCGUCACCAAGACUAUUGAGCCCGAUGUUGCGUACCACCACCCCCACCAACCACACCCACACCGGUUGCCAGUAGGCCCUCCGAGUCCCUCAGCCAUCAGCACCGGCGGCCUAGGCGGCGGCCCUCCCAUGCUGUCCGCCCUGAACAGCAGACUGCGCCGACGGAACAGCCAUGGCGGCUCCUCUCCGGGCCCAAACAGCGCUGGCUUGCCCGUGGUUGCGUCCAACGCGGCAUUGCCCAAGAUUGGCCCGCAACGCAGUACCAAGAAUGCCCAGAAACUCAAACUACUCCCAAACCCCGAGCUGGAAGACAUUGUCGACGAGGAGAGCGGCCGCGAUGUCUACGCGCAGUACACCCGCAUCAAGGACCCCACGGCCCGGCGAGACGCCGCUCGCCUCGGCAAAGCAGACCGCGACCGGUUACCGCGCGUUACGGCUUACUGCACAGCAAACCGCUACCAGAUGGACGGCCUACAGCGCUUUCUGAAGGGGAAGGGGAAGGCCAGGGGGGCGAACCCCAAGCUGAUCGACGAGUGCAUCUACACGCCCUACAGCUACAGCUCGAAGCAGGUCGAGGCCGCACGGAAGGAGAGGUUCUUGGACGUGCAGUCGAACCCGGAACGACGACACUCGACAGGGAAUAUCCACGACCUUGUCAGCGAAAGCAGCCAUUCCACCCUCGGCGACGGGCUUUCGGAAAGCCAAGAUACCGCAGACGACGACAUCCUCGUCCAUGAACACCAAAUUACAGACGACAUGCCGGUCGGCGAACCUGCCGACUUUGACAUACACGUCCACACCCCCGAAGUUUUCCUGUUCGACUACGGCGUCGUUGUAAUAUGGGGCAUGUCAGCAGCCCACGAGCAGCGUUUUCUCAAGGAGAUCUCAAAGUUCGAAGUCGAGAAACUCGCACCGGACGACGUUGAGACGGAGAAAUUCAACUUUUACUAUACCCACGAGUACCAAGCCCGCAUCUACAACGAUUUUAUCGCCCUGCGCGACAAGAACAACUACAUGAGCAAGCUCGCCAUCUCGCACGCCCUGGCCCAGAGCGUCAAGACCUCCCUCUUCGAGGAACUCAUCGCCUCCACCAUCGACACGUGCAAGGACAUUCCCGCGCAGCUCGCCCUGACCGGCACCAUCGCGCUGUCGCGCUCGCAAAUCAACAUGCAGAUCGGCGAGCUCUUCAUCUUGAGGAUAAGCAUCCACCUCAACGGCUCCGUGCUCGACACGCCCGAGUUGUUCUGGGUCGAGCCCCAGCUCGAGCCCGUCUACCAGGCCGUGCGCAGCUACCUCGAGAUGGACCAGCGCGUCGGGCUGCUGACGGAGCGGCUGGAUGUCAUUGCCGAUUUGCUGGCCGUGCUCAAGGAGCAGUUGAGUCAUGGCCACGGCGAGAAGUUGGAGUGGAUUGUAAUUAUCCUCAUCGCCGCGGAGAUUGUCGUGGCCUUGGUCAACAUUAUUGUCGACUUGUACGUGGGCGUUGAGUGACCCUGAUUUCAUCAAGGAGUUCUUGACUUUACUCGGUUCAUUUGGCCUGGCGUAUGGAGUUCCAAGACGGAAAAGCCGUCCAUUGUUCCAUGGGUUGGCUGGGGGUCCUUUGAUUCGGAGAAAUUGUGUGAUUCGGAGACCUUCUCUUUCCUCCUCACCGUUUUCCACGAUGCCAUGGGGAACGGUUGCCUCGAGGCAAGGCAGCAUAGCUCAUCAGCGUCAGACCACAGCACUUUACUGUACUCUAUAUAUGUAUAACGUUAACAUACUAUGUAUUGCAGAUAGAGAAGCGCUUCACGGCAAGCACACAGGCCGCAUAUGUGUACCAAAAUGGAUGAACAUUCGUCACCUG